AUGGAGGAGAGGCAGCAACAAAAUGCCAUAAUGGCGCACCUUCCGCCUUGCCGUCCAGCCGCACGCCGAAGUGACGGAUUUCUGACCCCGCCUGCCGCCUGGUGUCACCUGUGGAACACACAACACGGGCAAAUAACCGACGUGACUUACUACGUCGAUGGUGUCACUGACAACGGUAGCACUAGUUACUUGCACCAGGGGUUCACCAGCAGCAUUGAUUACGCAAGACCCAGCGCAAGCGGCACAGGCAUGGAUGAAGCAUCAGCCAUUAUAGAAGGUGGCACCAAAAUUUCUGGGACCACCGGUGUUGACCAUUGGAAAACGCAGUACCACCACCCGGCUGAUGGCACUUCCACCCUCUGCGUUAGCGGGAGCCUGGUAAUAGCUGUGACGGACACAGUCAAGAACAUUGCCAUCCGGAAAGGCUACUAG